AUGCCCCCCAACACCACCCGAAGGGUAGUAUUGACAGGGACCGACUUCAACGCGAACGGCACCAAGUUGUACUUCGAUCCUCCCGCUAGCAGGGUUACGUAUCGGGUUCUAUCGUCAACCCGGAUCGCGCUGUUCGUCAAGGAUAGGAGAACGUUGUCCCCGACGGUUGCGAAGAACGAGCCGUUGAAGAUUGUUGCGAUCGACACCGGCGCAGGCGCAGUGCAGAUCAACCCUGAGGAUGGAGGUCUUUUUAUCGGCUCUAUUUCUGCUGGAGUUGAAGACGGUCACAAACAGGUAAUGUUCAUGAGUGGUUUGUGCGGGGGUGAGAUAAGUUCCACUAUCCACACCAAGGUCGGCGAGCAGCCGGACGAGCUCACGCUCGAACUGGCCCAGGGGUCCACCUGGUACAAUCAGGAUCCUGCCUACCUCCCUCGACCGCUGGAGUUGAAGAGCGUGGACGACGGCAAGGGCUGGGCGCAGCUUGGUCCGACCGACGGCCCGGGCAAACCCCUAACUGUUGCCAUCGUGUUCGAAGACCCGAGCAUCGAUGCUUCGGACACUGAGAUUUUCCAUGGACACACAACGGACCUGGUUGUCAAAGGCACCAGUUUCCGUCACCGGAGAAUCAUAAAGCGGGACGGCUGGGUCUACCACACGGUACCGCCGAUCCUGGUCUUCGACCCGCCCAUCGACCCGGGAAUUGUCAAAGUCCUUGUCAACACGAAUCGCCAAGUCACGGUCGCCUUUCAGCAGCGAGAUUAUCCUCAGUGGGCACCCACAGACUACUUCGGCCCCCUGAAAAUCAAGGGAAUGGACACUGGCGCCGGCAUGGUGGUGUUGGACCCACCCGUCACGGUGGCCAAUGUCUUGCCCGGCAGCCCUUACGAGUUUUUCAUGUUGAAGCGAAUCAAUCAGUUGCGGGAGGACGGCGCAAUCAAGCAUUACCAGGAGCGUGUUGACCAGGCAGCACGAGAGUGGCGAGCCAUGACUUCCGCGGAGAAGGCUCAGUUUGUUUCGGCGACCCGAAUCGAAAUCUCCUGCAUGAAGAUGAGUUGUUUUUUGGCGGAGCCGCGAGAACUCAAGGUGGUCGCGAUCGACACCGACGCCGGCUUGUUUCGGCUCAACCACGAGGACGGGGGCGUUGUGGUUAUCACGGUCAAGCCUGGCAUCACGGUGCAGCAAUACGAGAACUUGCUGAUCUACCAGUCGACCAAAGAAGUUCGGAUCGCUGGCAGCGGGUUUGAAGAGAACAUGGAGGAUCCUUCCCUUCUGCCAAUGGCCCUGCUGGUGUCGAGUGUUAAAGCUAGCCCCGGAACGGUGGACUUCGGGUUGUUAGGGUUGUUACCUAUCGGAAAGGUUGCCACCGUGUUCGAAGACGCGAGCAUCCAAGCAAGGAACACCGAGAUUUACCGCAGUUCCACGCGCGAGCUCAAUGUCUACGGCACCGGUGUCAACAAUGUGGUUCAACCGAUCCUGGUAUUCGCACCGCCCCUCGACGACAAUGCCGUCAACGUCCACGGAAUCGACACUGGCGCCGGCAUGAUUUUCUUCGACUCCCCGGUGACGGUGGCAAUUGUGUCUCCUAGUAUCGGCACGCACUACGACAACGUCGCGCAGUUCAUUUCAUCGACCUAUAUCGCCAUCACGAGGAACUUCAGCUGUGCCAUACCACCUGGCCCUCAUGUACCGAGCCCGUGGAGGGCCGAGCCAGGACCGCUCAAGAUCGUCGCGAUCGACAACGGCGCCGGCCGAAUACCGCUGAAUCCGGAGGACGGAGGCGUUGUGUUUGCCACGGUGUUGCCCAUUGUCAGGAUUAAGGAUAACGAGGAUUUGCACAUUUACCAGUCGGCCAAGCAAAUCCAGGUCGCCGGUGGCGGUUUCGACAACGACAUCGAGACGAUCAAUUUUUGGGUGGUUCCCCACCUGGGAGGAAAGGUUUUCCACGUGGAAGGUGACGACGACGAAGCAGGGGCUGGUGACGUCGAAAUCGACGCUUUGUCCGCCAGUCAGAUGACGAUAACGCUAACCGAAGGCAGCGUGUGGGUGAAGGACCUUAACGUAUUGCCGGGAGUGCUGCGGAUGGGUUGUGAAGUCAGAGUUGAGAUCGAGUCAUCUUUUUUUCUGGGCAGCGGGUCCUCGUUGUUGUUCUUUGGAGGACCUAUCGCCACUGUUUUCGAGGAACCAAGCAUCGACGCGUCGGACAUCGAGACCAACCGCACUGGUUCGCAAGAGUUGGAGAUUUGGGGCACCGGCUUCAACAACAUGGCUACGCCGGUGAUGGACUUCGACCCACCGCUUGACUUCGCGAGUCUCCAUGUUAAUGUGGUGAACCGCACAACGAUCCAACUGACAUUGGAUACCGCCCAAUCUGGGUGGGUGCCCGUGGAACAGCUCGGCCCGCUGAAGAUCAAGGGGGUGGAUACCGGCGCCGGCAUGGUGGUGUUUGACUCCCCUGUUACGGUAGCCAUUGUGGUACCCGACUCCCAGCCCUUCUUCAACCAGGGUUUUCACGUUGAUCUUGAUGCCGUGGAGCUCAAUUCCCGUAAGAGCGCCACGCCUUCCUUGCACGAGGAAGAGAACGCUGCGGAGCCCGAAACAGAAGAAUUCGGCGAGAAGGUCGAUGGCACCGUUGUGCCUACGCCCUCCGUGGAGGCCUCCUCGACGGUCAUCUCCAUGGGCUCCACCGACAGCCUCGCCGUGAAAGGCGACAACUUCGACAUGGCGACCAGGCUGAUAUUCAACCCCCCUCUGGGGACGGGGUUCGAGAUGCGGGUGUUUUCGCGAACGGAGAUCGACACCUUUACUAAAACUGUGAUCGGCCGGGCGCCGAGCACGUGGGGGGCCGAGCCCGGUCCGCUCAAGGUCGUUGCGAUCGACACCGGCGCCGGCUUGGUGCAGCUCAACCCCGAGGACGGGGGCGUGGUGGUGGCUAUAGUCCGAUAG